CUGUAAAACCUCUAAUAACAGUAAGAGGUUUUAAGUCUUGUUUUGGAACAACUUCUUCUGCACCCGAUCUACCUAUUAAACAUAUUGUUCCUUCUUCACAAGCUGAAAGAGAUUUAUUAAGAGCCAUGGCUAACUUGACUAAUAGGAUAUUAUCAAGUACAGGUUCAAAAAGUUUGUCAAAGAUAAGGAAUCAACAUCCCGAAGUAUUUACUAAAUUAGAGACUUAUUAUAAAAUAGUUCAAAUGUUAGCUUCAUAUCAUUAUAGAUUACCCACAAGAAGACUUGUUAGUGAACUAUUUAAUGUAGAUUUUACUGCUGAAACUUUUGAUCAACUUGAUAAUUUG